AAAAUGUUCUUUAACAAGUCUUCACUCUCAGUUGUUGCGCUGGUCGCUACACUCACUGCUCCAAUCGCCGCACACGGUGUGGUAGAAAAGGUCACCAUUGGCGGUAAGGACUUCGGUUCAGACGCUGUCUGGCAAGUUGACAACAAUGGCCCUGCUGCUACUACAAACAACAUGGGCAACCAGGAUCUCGCAUGUGGACCGGGUGCUACGGCACCAUCAACCUCUGCGUCCGCCACUGCAGGAGACACAGUCGAGUUUACUUGGAGCUCUUCUUGGCCACACACUAAAGGUCCUAUAAUCACAUACCUUGGUAAAUGUUCCGGUUCAUCUUGCGAUCCAAACUCUAUCGACUUCUACAAGAUCGAUGAGAAGGGUAUCACAGACAGCGACGGUACCUGGGAACAAGAGAAGUUGACUAACGGCCAACCUGUCUCUGCAACCAUCCCAACGAGCGCUGCUGAUGGCACUUACAUUAUUAGAAACGAGGUUGACAACCUUGGUUCUAUUCCACAAGAGCUUUACCCAAGUUGCACAACUAUCGAAAUCACCGGUGGUGGUAGCGGCUUAAGCGGCGAGACUAUCUCAUUCCCACCUGGCUACUCAGACGCUGAUGUCGAGGAAAGCAUUGCUCUCAACAACAUCUACAGUGUCAAGUCUGGAUACACAAUGCCAGGUCCAGCUGUCGCAUCCCGUCGCGCACUCCUCAGCCGCGCUCCCCUCGCCGGUGCUAACUAAACCGCUUUGAAGACAUAGCUGGAAACCCGGAUUAAUAUAAUAAACUAACACCCAUACAGCUCUGGUAGCGUUUUAAAUGCGUUUUCUAUAUCCAACCUUUGUACUCUCAUUUACAAUUUUC